AUGUCUUUUCAAGACGUUUUGAAACGUGGGGGCGAGUUUUUAGAGGAAUACCCAAGAACAAGUCCACUUUGGAAUUAUGCAUCGCACGCCACGUGUUUAUUCAUGAUCACUGGAUCUAAAAUCAUUCUCAACACUUUAUACAAACCAUUUGUUCACAAUAUAGAAAAACUAGAUAAUGCAUUAGCAAAAGCAAGACAAGAGAAUAGAGGACUACUUACAGUCAUGAAUCAUAUGUCUGUUGUUGAUGAUCCUGCUUUUUAUGCAGCACUACCUUGGAGAUACCAUCUCGAUAUAGAUACCAUUCGAUGGGGUUUUGGUGCUCAUAAUAUUUGUUUCAGUAACGUAUUCCAAAGUUGGUUUUUCAAUUUAGGAAAGAUAUUGGGUACAAAGAGAUUCGGGGAGGGUCCAUUCCAAGGUUCAUUAGAUGCAGCAAUUAGAAUAUUGAGUCCAGACGACACUUUAGAUCUUGAAUAUACGCCAGGAGUUGAAGAAGAGACAAAGCCGGUAGUUUUGCAGACAGUCAAUAAUGUCUACAACAAGUCAAACACAGACAUGGUUAAGUUUAUCAAGCCAACACCAGACUCAACAAACGUUUUAAUGUCAAAGAGCCCCUUUGUACGAUCAAAGACUUCUUGGUUCCAUGUAUUUCCCGAAGGGUUUGUAUUACAAUUGCAAGAACCUCACAACAACUCAAUGAGGUAUUUCAAGUGGGGGGUAAGCCGACUUAUACUUGAAUCGACUAGGGCUCCAGUUAUUGUGCCAAUCUUUACAUAUGGGUUCGAAAAAGUGGCUCCGGAGGACACAGCAGAAGAAGGCAUCAAAAGAUGGUUACCAGCGAACAUAGGUGCCGAGAUCCAUCUUACCAUAGGGGACGCAAUAUCCGAUCAAAAAAUUGAGCAGUACAGGGAAGAAUGGAGGAAAUUGGUGGCCAAAUAUAUUGACGGAUCGAAUCCAACAGACUUGUCAGAAGAGCUAAAGACUGGGGAUAAAGUACAAGCUUUAAGAAGCUCACUUGCAGCAUAUCUUCGUGACAAAGUAUUGCAGAUUAGAAACUCAAUUCCAUCGCUCAACUCAGAGGAUCCAAGGUUCAAAGAUCCCAAAUUUUGGAAAACAUAUACCAAUACAGAAGGUAUGAGUGAUGAGGACGUUAAGUUUAUUGGCAAAAAUUGGGCCAUCAAAAGAUUUCAAUCGCACUUACCGGAGUACGAAGAUGGCAGUACAUAG